AUGAUUGAGGUUUCUAUUUCUCAACCAUUCCCUAGCAUUAUAAGUUUUAUCAAUGAGAAGGAUUGCCAGAUGGAUGUGAUGGUGCACUAUGAAUGGAAGUCGAUUGUUUGUUCACAAUGCAAUGGGUUGGGACAUGAGACUACUUUGUGUAAGAAGCAAUCUGGGCCUAAGGUUUGGAUACCCAAAGAUCAAGGGAAGUGCAUUCAUUGUUGGGUGGUACCCAGAAAUGGUUUGAGGGGUUUUUUUUGUACCUUUGUUUAUGCAUUUAAUGAAGAGGAGCGUAGGAGGGAUUUAUGGAAACAAAUUAGAGAUCUAAAGACUAAGGAGCCGUGGAUUUUACUACGCGAUUUCAAUGCCACCAUUAAUCAGGAUGAGCGGAUUGGUGAAAGGUCUCCACCUGAUAGAAUUGUUGCAAAACUUGAUAGAGUGCUUGGUAAUCCAGCUUGGUUGGAAAGGUUUCCGAAUGCGAAUGCUUGUUUUUUGCCAGAAGGUGUAUUUGACCAUUCCCCAGUUGUUGUUUCUCUGAGUAAGACUAUGGAAUUAGGGAAGAAGCCAUUUUGUUAUUUCAAAAUGUGGCAAAGGUUUUCGGGUUAUCAGCAUUGUGUUAGGGAGGCUUGGCAAAAUCCGGUUCAUGGCACUCCUAUGUAUAGAGUAAUGACUAAACUCAAGCGAGUAAAGGUGUCUUUGAAACAAUUGAAUAAUUGUUUAGUCGGAGAUAUUGGUGCUGCUUACCUUCAUUCUGAACAAUUAUUGCAACAAAUUCAGCAGCAAGUUAAUGAUGAUCCUCAUAAUUCUCAGCUUAUCACUGAGGAGUUGCGAUGCAGGCAGGGGCAUACUAAGCUUAAGGAUGCUUAUCUAGAGUUUCUGGGUCAAAAGCCUUUUGAGAAGGAAGAAGUUAAGACUGUCAUUUUUGAGAUCCUUGGUGAGAAAGCUCCAGACCCGGAUGGUUUCAGUAGUUAUUUCAUUCAACAUCAUUGGGAUUUAAUUGGUGAGGAGAUGGAUAUUCAGAAAGCUUAUGACACUGUCAAAUGGGAUUUCCUUGAAGAAAUGCGUGUGGCUUUUCGAUUUCCUCAUCAUUUUAUUCAAUUGAUCAUGAUUUGUGUAAGAUCUCCUAAGUUUUCAAUCAUGCUAAAUGGGUCUUUACAUGCUAAUUUCAACAAGUCUGAGUUCAUUAGCAGUGGUAUUUCAGAUGAGGAGAUCCAAAGAAUGCCCUUGGUGUCCAAGUUGAAGAGAGGUAAUCUUCCUUUUCGAUAUCUUGGCAUCCCUAUUAAUGCGAAGAGAAUUUCCUCUUGUGAUUGUGAAAGUAUAGUUGAUAAAAUGGUGGCUAGAAUUAGGCACUGGAACUGGAAAUCUUUAUCCUUUGCUGGGAGACUUACCCUUAUAAAUUAUGUGUUGGUAUCUUUGCACACUUAUUGGGCUCAAAUUGUUGUGCUUCCGAAGAGAGUAUUCAGUAGAAUUAAUGAGAUUUGUAGAGCCUUUUUAUGGAAGGGAGUGACUGAUUAUGGAGGUCCGGGUAGUGUAGCUUGGGAAGAAGUGUGUAAAUGCAAGAAAGAAGGGGGUUUAGGCAUUAGAAAUAUUGAAAUUUGGAAUAUUGCAGCUUUAGGUAAACUUGUUUGGGCUAUAGCCACAAAUAAGGAGAACUUGUGGAUUAAAUGGAUUCAUUCGGUUUAA